UCGCUCUCCCCCUCCCUCCCCGAUUCUCACCUCACCAGCCGAGAGAUACUGAGAGAUGGGAGGAAUGGGGAAAUGCAGCAAGAUCCGCCACAUAGUGUGGCUGCGGCAGAUGCUGCGGCGGUGGAGGCUGAGGGCCGCGGCGGUGGAGGCGUUAAGGAGGGGGCGCGGAGGGGCGGGGGCGGCCUCGGACGUGCCAGCAGGGCACGUGGCGGUGUGCGUGGGGAGCAGCUCCCGGCGGUUCGUGGUGCGGGCGUCGCAGCUCAACCAUCCCGCGUUCCGGGAGCUGCUCCGCCAGGCCGAGGAGGAGUUCGGCUUCUCCUCCCGCCCCGGCCCCCUCUCCCUCCCCUGCGACGAGGCCCUCUUCGAGGACGUCCUCCGCUUCGUCUCUUCCUCAUCCUCGAGGUUCACCCACAACACUCUCGAGCACCUCACGAAGCUCCCCCACGACAUCCCUUCAUCCUCCUGUUGCUGCGAUGUCGGCCGGUGGCUGCACGCUGCCGAUUCGAUGCCGCUUCUGCACGCCCACUGCAUCGCCGACAAGCCCGUCUGAUGAACUAAAACGCACGCACGGUGUGUUUGCAGCAGGAGGAGGAGCGACGAAGUGAUCAUGAUCGAGAAGAGAGAUGGCGAAGAAGCGGUUCAGCAGCCGAGUCAUCCCUUUGUCGAAUCGGAUCACCGAGUUAGCGAGUAUUCAUUAACACGCCGAGUCGUCCGAGUCGUUCUUUCCGCACAAACUCAGAAGGGCUGAAGCAUUCUUCAUUCAUUCUGUCUUCCCUCUCUUUCUUUGUCUUGUAGAUAUUAUUGUGAUUAAUCAUUAUCA